AUGGACGGCCUCUCAGCUGCUGCGAGUAUUAUCGCAGUGGUGCAACUAACGGCCGAGGUUACGAAAUACAUCAUCGGCGUUGCUGGAGCCUCAAAAGAUCGACAGCGACUGCUUGACGAAAUUUUUGCUUGCGAGGCUAUUCUCAUGCGACUCCGCGAUUAUUCCAAAGAAACUGAUGGACUUGAUAUUGAGGAUUGGAACGCCGAUCAGACCAAGGCUGAUAGUGCCCAGAUGUGCGGGAUCCAAAAAGUCAAGGCUGCAUUGAAAUGGCCAUUCAAUGAGAAGGAAGUGAUAAAGCUCGUCGAUGCGUUUCAGCGCGAAAGAUCACUGUUGCAUUUUGCCAUGACACACGAAAGCACACAGCUGGUGAAGCACAUCAAGGCAACCUCAGAUGAUAACCGCAGACAAUUAGCCGAUUUGGUCAGACUUAUCAAGAGCAAAGCGACUGAGGAUGAGCAACGUGUUGCUCGACUUGGCCGUAUCCUGACUGACCUACAGCUAUCCAGCCUCCACAUAGCAGAAGGGAUUGGGCACCUUCAACACAGUCAGAUAAGCGUCCACCAGAAAGAAGUCCUCGACUGGAUAUCACCCGUGGAUUAUGCCCCUCAACAAAGCGAAAUAUUCAGCCGGCGAGAGCCAGGAACCGGUGAAUGGCUAUUGGAAUCAGAUGAAUACAAUUCCUGGGUGAAAGGCGACAGUCGAUCAGACCGGUCAUUGGCCCGUCGGUGA